GAGAGAAAAAAUUGUUCUAAAAGCCUAACAAUGGCGAAACCAGGGGAAAAGAGUAAUUUAUUGUUUCCAAGCAUUGCCCGAUGUGCAUCAAUCCGACGUGAAAAAGACACGGUGGUGGCCGACAUGGACGGAACCCUGCUAAGAGGACGAAGCUCUUUCCCUUACUUUGCAUUAGUCGCCUUCGAAGUUGGCGGCGUAUUCAGGCUUCUCUUCUUGCUUUUAGUUUCCCCUAUGGCCGGGAUCCUUUACUAUUUCAUCUCCGAAUCGGCCGGCAUUCGGGCUUUAAUCUUCGCGAGCUUCGUCGGGAUGAAAGUUUCCGAUAUCGAAUCCUUGGCUCGAGCUGUUUUGCCAAAGUUUUACUCCAGCGAUUUGCAUCCGGAGGCUUGGAGGGUGUUCUCUUCAUGUGGGAAGAGAUGCGUGCUCACGGCGAACCCUAGGAUUAUGGUGGAGCCGUUUCUGAAGGAUUAUUUGGGAGCCGAUACGGUGAUCGGAACCGAAAUCGAUGUGUUUAAAGGUAGAGCGACUGGUUGGGUGAAGAAUCCAGGGAUUCUUGUGGGACAAAACAAAGCCGAUGCACUUGUGAAUGCCUUUAAAGAUGAGCCUAUGCCCAAUAUUGCUCUUGGUGAUCGAAAGACUGAUUAUCCUUUCAUGAGAUUGUGCAAGGAAGCUUAUGUGGUUCCAGCAGAGCCUGAAGUUAAACCGGUGAACCUCGAUAAACUACCGAAACCAAUAGUUUUCCAUGAUGGCCGGCUUGUUCAAAAACCAACGCCAUUCAUGGCACUUCUCAUCAUCCUUUGGAUCCCUGUCGGUUUCCUCCUCGCCUGCCUCCGCAUCGCUGCCGGCUCCCUCCUCCCGAUGCCAUUAGUGUAUUAUGCCUUUUGGGCACUCGGUGUACGAGUUUACAUAAAGGGCAACCCACCCGCUCCGGCUAAAAAAUCAAUAGGUCAAAACGGAGUCCUUUUUAUAUGCUCUCAUAGGUCCCUACUUGACCCUAUCUUCCUCUCCACGGCUUUAGGCCGUCCGGUAGCCGCCGUUACAUACUCUGUGUCGCGAUUAUCCGAAAUCAUCUCCCCUAUCAAGACCGCCCGUCUUAGUCGCGAUCGCGCCGCGGAUGCUUCCAUGAUGAAAAAGCUUUUACAAGAAGGCGACCUAGUCAUCUGCCCCGAAGGAACAACAUGUAGGGAACCAUUUUUACUGAGGUUUUCGGCUUUGUUCGCGGAGUUAACCGACGAACUUGUUCCGGUAGCGAUGUCGAAUAAGAUGAGCAUGUUCCACGGAACGACGGCUAUGGGGUGGAAAGGGAUGGACCCAUUUUACUUCUUCAUGAACCCUAGCCCGGCUUAUGAAGUAACGUUCCUAAACAAGUUGCCAUAUGAUUUAACAUGCAGCGGUGGGAGAUCAAGCCAUGAAGUUGCGAAUUACAUACAAAGAAUGAUUGCUGCAAGCUUAUCAUAUGAAUGUACAAAUUUUACUAGGAAAGAUAAGUAUAGAGCUUUGGCCGGAAACGAUGGCACCGUGGGGCAGAAGCCAAAUAAAUUUUUGGGGUGCUAGA